GAACAAGAGACCACUAGCACAGUGACCCUCACCCGGAGAGAAGCUGACUGCUCGGUGUUGUGCGCACGGCCUCCGGCAGGCAGGCAGGCUGGCCUCGAGCCGGAGAUGGCGUCCCUCGGCGCGGGGUUGCACUUCAGCCGCAAGCGGGCAAUGGGGAGGAGCACGGCGGUGGAGAGGAGGAACCUGCUCACCGUGUGCCGGUUUUCAGUGAAGACUCUCCUGGACCGCUCCUGUUUCGAGAGCAUGGACGACUCAUCUGCAGAGUUGGUCAACUUUGUGUCUAUCUUGGAGCAUAUCCUCAACCAUCGACUGAAAGGUCAGACAAUGUGGUUUGGCUACGAGAGUCCUCGGAGUUUCUGGGAUUUCAUCAAAGCUGCCUGUGGUAAAGUCCCUCAUAAUUGCAUCCGAAGCAUCGAGUGUAUGGAGAAUGUGCGGUCAUCCAAAGCUAAGGGUCGAGCUUGGAUCAGAGUGGUUCUUAUGGAGAAGAGAUUGUCUGAAUACAUCUCGUCCGCUCUCAGGGACCUUAGAACUACCAGGUGUGAUUGCAGGAAGUUUUAUGAGGAUGCGGCGAUCAUGCUGGGAGAGGAGGCGGGGCUUCUGGCCGACACACUCAUUGGACUCAACACCAUUGACUUCAGCUUCUGUCUGAAAGGCGAGGGUCUAGAUGUCGGCGGCCCCUCGGUCAUCGACUAUACGCCUUACUUGAAGUUCACUCAGAGCGCAGACAGCAUCAGUAGCGAUGAGGAGGAAUUGCGCACCCUGGGCAGCAGCGGAAGCGAAAGCAGCACCCCAGACAAGAUGGCCACGGCCGCCUCCAUCUUCACCGAGCAGAGCAACUUGGUCAGCAAGUGCAAGCGCUUUGAGCAGAAAUAUCGCAUGGCGCUGGAGCAGAAGGCUUACCUGGAGGAGCUGGUGCGUCUGCGCGAGUCGCAGCUGGCGGAGGCGUCGUCGCAUCACAAAGCUCUUGAGCAGAGCCUGGUGGACAUGCACUUGGCUCACUCGCUCGAGAAAGAACAGCUAGAGUUUAUCAUUUUGGAACUGCAGGAUCAACUGACAGUGUUGAAGAACAAUGACUUGCGGUCGCGACAGGAGUUGACAGCCCACCUGACCAAUCAGUGGCCGUCUCCUGACACUUUGGACGCCAACGCCGUUGCCUUGGACGCGCUGUUGUACAGGAAGAGCCCUGGACAGUGGGAGGACAAGAGCCUUCACAAUCUGCCUACGGACAUGAGCCUAUCACAGAUGUCCCUCGAACCAUCACACACGCUAACGCUGGAAGCCAAACCACACUGGCCCCACCAAGGAAAAGAGCAGACGCCGUCUCUCCGAGGACUGUGCGGGUCUCUCACCUCGGUCAACAGUUUCAGGUCUCUGGCCAGUCUGAGGUCCAACGAGUGUCUAGCCAGUCCUGCCGCUGAGGUCAGCAGCCCGGGCUUCACCCCCACAUAAGGCCCCACAGCACAACUCAACCAGCCAUAUUCUCAGAGUACUAUUAUGUUGUUCUUCGUAGUAAUGUACAUUCUUAGUGCACUUA